CAGUGGUUGAUGAAGUCUGAUGACGUACAACGCCCUCCAAUCGGCGCGCGGAGGGCUGGGCUAGCGUCAGCUGGUGGAACCACAUGACCCGAGCCUGGCUCCGGAAGCUACCUAUCCGGUAGAGAGCUCCCCGGGCACCUACGGCUGCGAUGACUUCCGCACUGACCCAGGGGCUGGAGCGAAUCCCAGACCAGCUUGGCUACCUGGUACUGAGCGAAGGUGCAGUGCUGGCGUCAUCUGGGGACCUUGAGAACGAUGAGCAGGCAGCCAGCACCAUCUCAGAGCUGGUCAGCACAGCCUGUGGCUUCCGGCUGCACCAUGGCACGAACGUCCCUUUCAAGCGCCUGUCUGUGGUCUUUGGUGAACACACGCUGCUGGUGACUGUGUCCGGACAGAGGGUGUUUGUGGUAAAGAGGCAGAACCGCGGUCGGGAACCUAUUGAUGUCUGAGCUGCAGAAGGCUCUGGCUGGACUGUGGACUGCUGCUGAGGCCUGUGACGGGGGACACUGUCCUCUGUCUUUCUCACUGCUGGAACUGGGCCUGUGCUUACCACCUCCUCACCCCCAUUCAAGUCACAAAGGCUAAGUGACUUCUGCGCUAAGGGAAACUGGCAAAAAGAUCCCCUCUUUUCUGCCUUCUGCAUAAUAAACAGCAAUGCAACCCUUCUU